GCCAGGCAGGGCCAGUCGCUGCCAUCAACCUUGAAAAAAUUGUUGUCAGGAGCUUUGUUAGUUUGUAAUUCAAUUUUGUACUAUACAGUCCGAGGCUGCAUAUUGAUGUGUCUAUACAUACCACCUGUAACCUCGUCUAGCUCGUCAGCCCUCCAUGCAGUAACAAUAGUCUUGUGUGAGGGUGCACAUUGGCGCUGUCUGCGUGUGCUUCGUGGUGACAAGAAGACCAGAAGAGCCCCGCCGAUAAAUAUUCUUUUUGGAAUCACUGAAAUCAGCACUUACCGCUAGUGCUCCUGCAACCAGCGCACCUGAGCGGAUGCAAGUACAGUUUUAGUGCUAGAAUAUCGAUGCUUUCCUCAUGAGAAACGCCAUCUUGGGAUUUGGAACCGUGUUGACGAUGCAGCUAGUGACCAGGACAGGAGUCUGAUGUGACAGCAAGUGAUCUAUGAAAGAGUUGUGGAAACGAAUACCGGUACACACACACACACGCGUCCAUGCGAUGUGAUCGGGCAAAGAUCUCACCGUCUACCCGUGGAUCAACCCACUGCCAGGUGCAUGGUCGGUCACAUGUAUGUUCCUGUGCGGGGGAGACCAUAGAGCAUUGAUUUCUGUGGCUAUUGUAUACUGCACACACGCAGUGCUAGUGCUACGAGCCAGAGUGGUGAGGGAGAUAGUAGAGCAGCAUGGAACUGGAAGCAGCCCGACUGUUACGACGGCAAUACCGCUCUUUGCUGAAGACACCGCUGGAGGGCAUUUCAGCGACUCCACUGGCGGAGGAUAUCUUCACGUGGGAUGCGCAGAUCACAGGGUUAAAGGACACGCCGUGGCAAGAGGGUACUCUGUACGUGCGUCUGCAGUUUGGACACACGUACAAUGCACUACCGCCGGAUGUCUUCUUCUACAGCGUACCAUAUCACCCUAAUAUUCACCCGAACACAGGUCGGCCUUGCCUGGCACUACUCGACGAUGCCGGAGCAUGGAACGAUUGUGCGGACGGUGGAGUCGAAAUCAUACUACUCUCUCUACAGCAAAUGCUCUGUGAGCCGCUGUUAGAGGACGCAGUGCAUGAAGACGCAGCGCUUACACUCAUGCAAUCACCAUCGGACUACGCACUACUGGUGGACAAGUGCAUCCUCAACAGUCAAACGUUUCUAGACCAGUUCAUUCACAAGUCUUCCAAUGAUGCAGCAACAGUCACGAAUGACUCGCAGACAUUGGGAUCACGUAGCAAUGUCACUGGGUACCAGUCAAGCGAUGCACAGCUGUCUGGUGAUGAUCCCACUGCUGCAGGUGACAUGCUCAUCACCAAUGUUAGUCCGGACAGCACCCAGCCAGCCACCGCUACCAGCCAGGCUAAGCCUAAAACCGUGUCCUAUUUGGAUUAUCUAGACUUGUGGAGAGGCCAGGCCACCACACGACCAGACAGGCAGAGCAAGUUACCACAUGCUAAUCUGCUCCAUAAAGACAAUGUGCUGAGAGCUGAACAUGUGUUUGAGACGCGCUCAGAUCUGGAACAGUCCACCAAGGAGAGAAUGAAAUAUUACAACAGCCUCAAGUAUGGCAAGAUACCCGGUCUAGCUGACAAGGUGGACAACCCCAAGCUCGACCCCAACAAGCACCGUCUGGAUAGACUGCAGUUUGUAGAGGAAGUCCGGCAGCCACCUCCCGCUCCCCCGGAGAAGCCCAGGAAGACGCUGCGCACCAUCGUUGUGCGUGUGGACCAAUAUGGCCGGCAGCUUCCUCCCUCACCCACCGUUCCCCGCUGCAUCAGCAUACCACCACCUGCACCGCCGGCGUCCCGCCAGACAACCACCACCACCGCCACCGACAGCAGCAACACUGUGGAUCCUCGCCGUGACGCUAGCGUGACGGCUGCAGAUGGCGACGCUACAGCCGGCCCUGGUUACGCCAUGCCGGGAUCGCAUGCAAUGAUGGCCGCCACUGCUUCCGAUGCUACCACAGCUUAUCAUGCUCGCUCCCGUGAUGGAGGCGUUGAUGAAAAAUCUGACAACGCAUCCGGGAGUGUGAAACCCGCCCAUAUCGACACGGAUGUGGCAAUUGACCUAGAGGCAGCAGAGCUCAUUGCCUGGUCCAGGAACAUACUCGACGUGGUCAGCGAUGAUGAUGGUGCGUUCUAACAAGCAGCCUGGAUGUGACCUCGCAUGGGUUUUCAGUAUGCUAUGUGUGCUCCGUGUGAUGCCUGACGACUGAUCUCUUCAUCGUGUAUGUACGCGCCCAUACUCACACUACGAGUAUUGUGUGUAUGUA